AGAAGGAUAAUGAUGGCAUCAUGGUUCCUGCCUCCCCACCUUCGUCAUCUCUGGCCAGCCCUUCUGUUACCCCAGCUCCUGCCUCCAACCAUCAUACUGCUUCUGGUCCUGGUCAAAGACCACUCAACAAGCCUCCGCCGAAGAAAAUGAAAAGAAAAGACCAGGCUGUAGCCGAAUUGCUUAAGGCGAGACAGGAGGACCGAGAGCAAUUUGCGCACAUGUUCGAUAAAAUCGGUGAAGUUGAAGACGAAACUGAUUUAUUUUUUAAAUCGAUCAGUUUGACGGUGAAGCGUAUGAAUCAAGAUGUAGCGAAUGAGCUAAAAACUAAAAUAUUCUCACUUGUAAUGCAAUAUGAGUCAAUAAAUAGGCAUCGCCAAGAUUUACAAUCGACCUCAUCAUCAGGUGCUUCUUAUUGCUCAACACCAGUACCUGAACCAGAACCAGAUUGA